CCCUGAAGUAGAGGAAUGUCCAUUGCUCUUGCAAUAGAGAUGACUUUAUUGGGAAGCUGACAAGGGAGUAGCAGGUACAUUUUCUUAGCCUGUCAAACAUAUCAGGGUAUAUGUGGUAAGGUGCUUGCAUAAAUUGUUCUUGAGUUACAGGGCUAUCAAUAUCGGAGGUUAGCUGGUGACCCUACAUAUCAACCACCCUGUAGCAUUUGGUCUAAUGAGGCUUAUAUACGACAUUUUCAGGUUUGGGGGCAGAACCCAGUAUACCAAUAUUCAUCAAAAGCAGAGAUGGUGGGGUACUGUUUGAUGGAUUGAUUUUUUUAUGUAACUGCCCAGCAUGUACACCCCUGUAGAGACAGGCUCCCAACCUGCCAGCGUGUCACUUCAAAGCUGUGCUUGCUACAUAUGCUACAAUUUUCCUGUGCCAUGGCCCAUUACUGAGUACAGGUCCUUAACAAGUCCAUCACUGGGUAUUUUACCCUACCCAUACAUGGUGGUAGAGGAUUAAGAGUCAUAUUCACUCUAGGGCUCUGCCAUGCAUAAGUGGUAAUGUAGGAAACUUGUGAAGGGAAGCCCCAAAGUAAAAUGUGGAUAUUUGGGUAUGGUUCUUUGAUUUGGAAAGUGGAUUUUCCAUAUAAGGAGAGGAUGGUUGGCUACAUAAAGGGAUAUCAACGACGAUUCUGGCAAGCCAGUAUUGAUCAUCGAGGAACUCCUGAAUAUCCAGGAAGAGUGGUGACCCUUGUUCCAUCUGAUGAUCCAGAUGCCCAAGUUUGGGGAGUGGCUUAUGAGAUAGGUCCUGAUGAUCAAGACCUAGUGAAUGCAAAACUAGGAGAGCGUGAGAAGAGAUACAAGAAGUUGCCUGCAGUUCCUUUUUAUUCUCGAGAAAUGCCAUUACUUCCAAAAGAAGUUAUGGUUUAUGUGGGCCCCACGGAUGGACCCCUGUUUCUUGGUUCAGCUCCCAUAGAGGAAAUAGCAGCUCGCAUCAUGAAUGCUCGAGGUCCCAGUGGAGAAAAUAUAGAUUAUUUGCUCCAGCUUCAUGAGUUCAUGAAAUCAGAAUGUCCCGAAGCACCAGAUGAACACCUUGCUCUCAUUGUGGAAGCAGAGAAAGUGUGGGGAGUGGCCUAUCUUGUUUCACAAGAAGUGCUGGAUGAUGUCAUUCAACACCUAGAUCACAGGGAGAAGGGUGGCUAUGAAAAGGUGAAAGUCACAUUCUACCCUGAGGCAGAUGGGAUGCCUUUCACAGUGGACAUGUAUCACGGAUUACCCACCAAUCCAUUCUAUAUUGGUCCUGAGAGUAUUGACUCAACAGCUACAAGGAUUGCAAAGUCAGUUGGACCAAGUGGCAAGAACACUGACUAUUUAUGUAAUUUGGUGCAUGCCUUGAAUGAACUGACAUCUGAAGGAUGUGAAUCUUACCUGAGGUCUCUGUACCAAGCAGUAAAGAAUCAUGAGUCAAUGUGCAGGGAAUGAAAAGUCAAGGCAUAGUUCAAUCUGGGAAUGCUGUUGCUCCCCUUCCCCAUCUAUCUGGGGCUGUUGAAAUAAAAUCAAAUCAGCAUGAAAGGCAAUCUCAUAUUCAUGUCAUGUUUCAAAAAACUUUCAAUGCAUGGGAAUGUAUCACAGAUCAUGUCUUAUUUUUUUAAUUGGCUAACAGCAGAAAACAAGCCAAACCAGAGAAUUGUUGAGUUCCAGCUAUGAUGUCCCAUAAAAAAAUUUGGAGAAUACUUUUGACUCAUAAAAGAAUAAUAAAGAAAUAAUUACAAAAUGGAAUUCUUGAGUUUUUCUCAUUCCUGGCUUAACUCAAGAUUCAUGCUAGCACUUUGGAUUGACUUUGUGGAUUGAUUCGUGUGAGGAU